AGGGUUCAAUGAGUAAAAAGGAAAAAAGACGUUAUUCAAGCGACGAUGAUUCUAGUGAUGGUUCGAGCUCACCUCAAGAGCGAAGCCGCAAAGUCAUAAAUGAGAAAGAAAAAUCCAUUUUCAAAACAUAAGCCAAAACCAAACAGAAAAAAAGCCAAGAAAAAGAAAAAAAGAAAAGAAAAUUAAACCUGAAAAUAAACUGAAACCAAAUGCAAGUAUGCAAGCAAAGAGAAUGCGAGAGAAACGCGCGAGCGCUUGGACUGAAUGAACCACCGACUGUGAAUUGUACUUGCCCCUCACUCGUCGAAAGUAUUUAUUUAGCACCCAUCCGGCAGUAGCUGCGGCCGUUCAACCAUUUGUAGCUGGUUUCAGUCUUCCAAAUAAUUUGCCCAUUUUAUCGUCGCUGCAAAUAUUAUUCGAACUAUACUCGAUACCGUAUGUUGAUCACACAAAACAUACGCAAAAUAAUUAUACAAGAUGAUAGCAAAUCAUCGAGCCGAUAUUCUCCGUCGCCACGUAAAUCGUCCAGCAAAACUUCAAGAAAUGAUAAACACAAAACGCAUGAAAAUCGCUCGGACAGGAAUCGUUCGCGUUCGCGUAGCUCGUCCAGAGAUAGACAUGAUCGGAAGAAGAAGAAGAACGGAGACAGAGAUGAUCGAAAGAAGUAUCGUAAUCGGUCGAGAGAUCGGGAAAGACGACGUGAACGAAGUGAUUCGCUGGACAGAGAAGAUCGCCACCAAGACAGAAGUAGUGAACGACGAAAGGAUCGAUAUGAUGACCAUAAACGGCAUAACAAAGCCCGUGAAAAUGAGCGUCGAUAUGAGGACAAAAGAGACUACAGUCAAAGACGUGACGAAUCAUCCCACCGAAAUAAUAGUCGCAGUUCAAGUGAUGCCCGCACAUCCGCUUCGUCGUCAUCGUCAUCGUCAAAUAGUUCAAGUGCCAUUCGAAGAGCCGAGGCACUCAACAGACAAAUAGAGCGGCGUGCCAAUGAAAAGGUUCAACAACUCCAAAAAUUAGGCAUUGAAAUUCCAACUUUGAUGCAACAGCAUCAACAACUACAAUUAAAAGCGCAAAACCAACAACAAAAUUCACAUAUAAAACCGCUUAUGUCAAUCAGUACAAGCGGUCCGACCAACUUAAAAUUGAAUCCAAAUGCUACAUCCACCGAUGAAACAACAACCGAAGGCGAAAAAAAUCUUGCAUUAAAUUUGUCUAAUUUCACCAGCUCUGUAUUGACAAAUGCACGAUACACCGAGCAAAUGCAAAAGAAGAAAUUGAUAUGGGGAGCGAAGAAAGCAGCCGAACCAAGUACCACCAAUAAUAAAUGGGAAGCCGCCAAAUUUUCACAAGAUAACGAUGGCAAAGUUGCAUCGAAAUUUCUUCGUUUGAUGGGAAUGAAAAAUGUACCUUCAACAGCAGCAGCAAACGAUGCGGAUUCAGGUGUAGAGAAACGAGAAGAAAUGUUCUCAUCCAUGGAACAACAAUAUGAAGUCGCCAGACAGGCUACACAUACGAUGCGCGGUGUUGGUCUAGGAUUUGGAUCUCACUCACGACCGUGCUAAAGGAAAAAAGAUUCACAUGAGAAUCUCAUUGACUAUGAAUAUAUUGUUUACUUGAUUCUAGAAACCAAGUCACAUUUUUUUGAAUGUUUAACAAUAAAAUUGAACAUUAAAAACAA